AUGACUGCCCUAUUGGCGGAAUAUACCGAGAAGCCAUAUGGUGGAGUAGAUUUUGGUGAUGACUUUGAGGAUUUCAAUCAGGGCAAGAAGAGACGUCAAGAUACCAAUGAAGUCCAUGCUGGUUUGUGUCAAAGCAUUGUACGUUAUGCCCGACCACAAAAGGCGCGCUCGGCUUCAGGUGAAUGGAAAUUUAUUGUCAACACUGGCAAGCAUACACAAACUUUGAGAUUGGAAAAAUGCACAAAUCCCCAAGAGACCUGCUCGUACCUGUCAUCGACAUAUAAAUCAUAUUGUUCUCAAGUUUACAAUUAUCAUCGUUUGCUUAGUUGGGAUAAGACUCGUGGCCUUCAUGUUGAUAUUUUCAAGGUACCCACCUGUUGCUCCUGCCAAAUCAAUGGUAUGCGACAACAACAGUUUGCCGCAGCUUUGGGUACAUUUACCAAAAAAGAUUUCACACCGGUUGCGCCCAAACCACAAGAGCCCUAUCGCACUGAAUCCUUUGACUAUACCGAGGAUGACGAAGCAGAAGAAGAUGAUGAUGAUUUGGCUUUUAACAUUCGCAAUUAUCACCAUUACAAGCACGACACAAGUUUCGAUGCUAAUGAAUUGCUAUCGGGCGGCAGUAAUAAAGUUAAGACCAAACUUCCAAGUCCAACGGUGGGAUCUUAUCUUAGUCCACCCGAUAACGAUGAAUUCGGCCAGUAUCCUUAUAAAUUAAAUCGUGAUUCGAGUAAAAUUUUUAAACCCUCUGCACCGGGCCCCUCACAGCAAUCAUUAUCUUCAUCUGCCUCCUCAUCCGCUGCGUCAAAUAAGAUUUUACGUGACCUGGCACGGCGCAGACCUCACAAAAGCUUUAGCAACGAUUACCAAACGGAUUUGGAAUAUUCGCCCAGCGAACAGCAUGCCGAAAGAGAGGUAAACCACUAUGGCAAACUCAAUGGCAAGCUCGAUCGCAGUCAACAAACUAAAACUAAACCUCUCUAUUCUGUUAUUCAUACAGGCGGUAACAACGACAGUACUACGGCCAUCACCUCCAGCACCGGAACCAUUCGUGCCCACACUCCCGAAACAUUACACAAUGUCCCAUCAACAGGACAGCCACGCCCUGAUACCAAUGCCCACCAAAAGUCCCCAGCCAUCAGGGAUACCAGCAGCAGCAACAGCACCCCAGACUCCAUACCUACAGAGGUCACCGGUAAUGGAGCAGCACUAUUCGAAUCAUCAGUAUCCACCCAUGCACCAACACCACCAACAGUCAUCCGCACAGCAUCACUACCAACCCAUUACUACACCCAUGCUUCAGGAGGUCGGCUCAAGUCCAAGCCAAGGUUACGCAUCCCGGGAACGAAAGCGUCCUCCUCCACCCCAGCAUCGAGUACGAUCGCCGAAACGACCGAAUACACUGAGACGUCAUCGAAGCGCAAGGUUGUACCGUCUAUAACUUCGGAUGUUUUUCGCAAUACCUACAAGGCCAAAUUAAAUUUGACUUCGUAUUAUUCUCCGACCGCGGCAACCACCAGCAAUGCUGGUGACGGUGCUUCAACGAAAUUCUCUUCAUCAAACCCACCACCAAAACGUAUUAAUUACAGUUAUCACCCAAUAAUUGACUUCUUUGAAUAUAAUCGAAAAAUUCAGACAUCGACUGGAGGUGCAACAACUGCGACAACACCUGUAACACCGAAGCCAUCCUCCACCGGGGCAACCAGGCGUACUCGAAUCACAACCAAACCUCCAUAUCAUCUCUCCUCAACCCAAUUGUAUUCACACAAAAUACCCAAUGCAGUACCGUCCACCAUUUAUCAACAACCCCAAACACCCGUCCAGCAAAACGAUCAUGAGCAACAACAACUACACAAACAUUCAAGACAACAAAAUGAGCGUAGAAUUGGUUACGGUGCUGCUGGUGAUGGUAGUAGUGUUACAUCCCAUAGUAGUAGAUUUUUCCCCAAUAAUGAGCCAACAGCAGAUGCUGUGUAUCCCUCGGUUCGCCGACAUCUGGAUACAGAGGACACUGAUGUUUGGCAUCCCGUAAUUGUGGAAAAUAUCUAA